AUGGACGAAGUGAACAAUCCUGCUGCAAAAGGACAAGAAAACUCUCCACUAAAAAUCAUCAUCCAACAUUCCCACACCAACGAUUCUGAACCUGAGGACGAUUCCCCCGACACUAACGAAGAUAUGGAUGAUCCUGAUAACAAAGAAGAACAUGAUCACUUUAUGUUUAACUUUGACGAUGAACUCCCUGAGGACGAAGAUGAGGAUCAAACUGAUGCUUGUGAUGAAGAAAGGAAUGUCCCAGAAGAUCAACCAAUACCAGAACAAACCAAAACCAACUCGAAAGUUGAUGCUACCAAAAAUGUCCCAAAGCCUCCGACAAACUUUGUUGUUGCCAUAUCUCCUACAGAACUAGAGGCGCUUAAACGAAGCAAUCCAUUGGAAUAUCUGAAGGUCAUCAUUAGUUCCAAAGGCAGCUCAUCAAAAAAAAGUCCCAGCACUUCGUCAAUGUCAGGAGGUCCAAUCACAAGCCAUUAUGGUAGCGAAGUGCUCUAG